AUGAAUCACUGGCAAAAAAUUAACGGACAUUUGGGAAACAAAAAUAGCGGAAACUUGGAAUUAGAGGACUACGACGAAAAAGCUUGGUUUGGCGAAAGUGGGGUGCCCGACCCGAACAGUAAUCCUAUUGCCCGGGCAAUUGGCAUACUUUCUAUGCCAGAAACCAUGGAGAACUUAGAAAGUUUGUUUCGGGGGAGAGCGAAGGGAAUUCGUAAUGGAGGUGAAAAAGAGUUGAAAGAUUGA